AUGGGUCGUCCGUCGUUCAGAUCGUCCUUACUGUUGGUGUUGUCGCUGGGGGGUAGUGAGGUCGCGUCUGUCGCUAUUCAGAGAGCACCGAGACUGCAGGAACGCGCCCCGAAUGGAUAUUUGUUACCGCAAAACGAUUCCCAUGCGUUGUUGAGGUCAACAGACAUUCUGACAAAACAAGCCGGCUACUUAUAUGGUCCUCCUGUUGCUGGUGGGCCAUACUUUCCAUCAGGAGUCUUGGGCGUGGCAAAGGCUGCGGCUGAUCAGGUUGAGAUUCAGCUUGACGAAGCACCGAUCCUUGCCGCUACUGCGGUUGAUGCCGCCGACAGUACCUUGUUUGCUGCACAGUACAACGGUUUGCAGACCCUGGACGACUACACCCUGCUGUACGAUGGGCACUGGAAAAGCUUCUUGCCACAUGGGCCGGCCCCGGGCAUUCUAUCCAACUAUACUCAGGACUUGCUGUUUUCCAUGGAGCGACUUUCCCUCAGUCCGUACCAGGUCAAGAGACUCAAUCCUGCAUCCGAUACGUUGCAGUUCACCAUUGACGAUGCCAUCGCCAUGAACCUUACGGGUAUGACGCUCGAGCAACUCUUCAGCAAAGGUCGCCUCUUCUACGCAGACUUCCGUGAUCAGAAGGAGCUGACGCCGACUUCUCGCUUCUCGGCGGCCUGCGACGCCUUCUUUUACAUUGACCAGAAAUCAGGCGAUUUCUUGCCGUUGGCCAUUCGCACCAACGUAGGCUCGAACCUCAUCUACACCCCGGCCGACUUGGCCGACGACUGGCUCCUCGCCAAGAUCAUGUACAACGUCAACGACUUUUGGUACGCGCAAUGGAACCAUCUCGCCAGCACCCAUGAGGUCGUUCAGAUUGCUUAUCUUGCCGCCAUUCGCACGCUGAGCGACCAACACCCAGUCCUUGCUCUGUUGAACCGAAUCAUGUACGAGGUGUACGCCAUCCAACCGCUCGCCGCCACCCUGCUGUUUCUUCCUGGCGCCGUCGUCGACCAGGUCUUCGCUUACACAGGGACCUCGGCGCAAGACUACACGACGAACCUUUACAAGAAUGGCGGCAGUGGUCGGUUCCAGGCCAACUACUUCAUGACCGACCUCGAGAGACGUGGUCUGGUCAAUUCGGAUUUUGGCCCGCCCUUGAAGAACUUUCCUUUCUACGAAGACGCCUCGACCAUCUACGACGCCACCCACACCUUCAUGACCUCUUUCGUGGGGUCGUACUACUCAUCGGACUCGGACGUCACGGCCGACAAAGAGAUGCAGGCGUGGGUGACCGAGGCCCAGGGCCCAGCUGAGGCCAUUGACUUUCCCGAGAUCAAGACAAAGGCAGGGUUGGUGGACGUUUUGACACACAUGGCCCAUCUCGCCUCGACCUCCCACCACACCAUCAACACCAACGAAUUGAUCUCGGUCAGUUCGACGCUCCCCUUCCACCCUCCAUCACUGUACCAGCCGCCACCGACCACAAAGGGGGCGUCGAACCUGGCCCAGUACCUCCCCCCGCUCGUCAAGGUCGAGGCGCAGUUCGGGUUCGCGGCCCUCUUUGCCCGGCCGUUCUUCGUCGGCUCCAACCGCACGCUGAUGAACAUGUUCAACGACCCGCCGAUGCUGGCGCGCAUGAACCCGACCACGCAGCAGGCCGCGUCGACCUUCUUCAACAGCAUGCAGGCGUUCAGCGGACAGGUAUCGUCUCGACGUUUCGACGCCGAGGGCUUGUCUCAGGGGAUGCCGUUCUUGUGGCAGGCCUUGGAUCCGAAUGUGGCUCCUUACUCCAUUACUUCUUGA